AUGAUUUAUAGCUUAGUUUGGGGAAAUUAUCUCGUUGGUUUCUGCGUUAAAAUACUGAAUUCAGCCGUUGUGAUCGGAUUCUAUUAUGGAUUUCUGACUACAUUCUCCAUAGGACCGUCUUAUCUCUUCCUUCUUCGAGGGCAAAUCUUAGGAAAGGGAUCUGAAACGAAAAUAUCAGCAACAACCGGGUUUAUUACGGGACAGCUCAUGAUGUUUAUAUCGAUCUAUUAUGCGCCUUUGCAUUUGGCAUUGAGUAGACCUCAUACAAUAACAGUCUUAACUCUACCGUAUCUUUUCUUUAAUUUUGUCCACAAAAAUGACAAACACUACUAUUUGGGUUCGGGAUCCAAACUGGAUUCUGAAUACAAGAAUCCAAAUUCAAUACGUCAUUUUAGGAUUGUUAAAGCCAGAACACCGCUCCCAUAUUAUUAUAUUGAGGAAAUGAUGCGAUACGAUGACAGGGACCUGGAGGAAGUCAAAGCUGCAAUAGAUUGGGAAAAGGAAGAAACUAACGAAGAAGAAGAAGAUAUUACUGUUUAUCUUUCUGAUAAAAAAGAGAAUACUUUCAACAAAAAACUCGCCCCGUUGGAAAAAUCUCUUGUAACUACUCUUUUCGAUUAUCGAAAAUGGAAUAGGCCUUUGCGAUAUAUAAAAAAUGAUCACUUUGAAAGGGUUGUAAGAGAUGAAAAUUCACAAUUUUUUUUUCAAGGUAUGUCAAAGUGA